CAGAGAACUCAGUACAGCAGUACAGCAGAAUUAAUAGUGCAUUGAUCUUUCGCAGAUAUCUAUGGCAGAAACCGUAAGCACAGUGAAGAUGAAGUUUGAGAAUAUCCUGGAAGAAAUCGGCAGUUUUGGGCCUUUCCAAAUCGCCAUCAUCAUCCUGCUGUGCACCCCUCGAAUAGUUCUGCCCUGUCACUUCUUACUGAAUAACUUCAUCGCCGCGGUGCCUCCUCACCGCUGUGACAUCAGCACGCUGGGUGCUGGAGGACUCUUCAGAAAUUUAACUCAGGAGCAGAGACUGACCGUGAGCCUCCCCGUGCGGGAAGACGGUGGCCCGAAAUCCUGUGAGAUGUUUGCAACGCCUCAGUUUCAGCUCUUAGCCAACAGCUCCGACAGCGCUGACCUGCCAACCGUUCAGUGUCAGAGCGGAUGGGUUCACGACAACUCCACCUUCACGUCCACCCUGGCAACAGAGUGGGACCUUGUCUGUGAUAGAAAAAGCCUGUCACGAACCACAGGCACAAUCUUCUUUUUUGGCAUGAUGAUAGGGACCAUUGCUUUUGGAUUCCUCUGUGAUAAGUAUGGGAGGAAAAACACUCUUCUGGCCUCGUACAUCAUGACCAUCGUGUUUGGCUUCGCCAGUGCGUUUGCAAACUCCUACAUUCUGUUUGCAGUGCUGAGAUUUCUCACUGGGUUCGGACUGACAGGAAUCGGCAUCAACUCCAUUGUUCUCAGCAUUGAGUGGGUCGACACAAGUCACAGGUCAUUUAUCGGUGUGAUCGGCAGUCUGUCCUGGUCUGCAGGUAACAUGCUGCUGGCUGGGUUUGCCUUCCUGGUGAAUGACUGGCGGACACUGAUCAUGACCGUCACGGCUCCACUGGGCUUUGCCAUUGUGACCUGGUGGUGGGUUCCUGAAUCUGCCCGCUGGCUUUUGGCCCAUGGGAAAGUGGAAAGGGCUCAGUUUUACCUUGACAAAUGUGCCAAGUUCAACAAAAGACAAAAAGUGUCAUCCAAAUUAAAACUGGAGUCACUCUCCAACAUGGAAAAGCAAGAGAAAAACUACACAUACCUUCACCUAAUCAAGACCCCGAAGAUGAGACGGUUAACUCUACUGACUGGGAUUGUGUGGUAUGGAGUUGCCUCAACGUAUUAUGGAAUCAGCUUCAACAUCAGUGGAUUUGGUUUAAACAUUUACCUCACACACUUCAUCUAUGCUGCCAUUGAAGUCCCUGCCAAGCUGAUGAUAUAUUUCUUUAUUAAUACCUUUGGACGGAGGAAGUGCCAAGCAGGAACGCUGUUACUGACAGGAAUCUGCAUCGCCAUAAACCUGUUUCUACCACAAGGUCUGUGGCAUGUGCGUUCUGUUGUUGCCGUCGUUGGAAAAGGCCUGUCAGAAGCUUCCUUCACGACUGCCUUUCUCUACACAACAGAGCUUUACCCCACAGUUGUCAGGCAAAACGGUUUGGGUUACACGAACUUCAUGAGUCGUCUGGGAGUGUUAGUGGCUCCGCUCAUCCUGCUGCUGGAGGACGUGUGGACAGCUCUUCCUCAGGUCAUCCUCUGCUCUGUGGCCAUCACUUCUGGCCUGGUGGCUCUGCUGCUUCCAGAGACGCUGAAUGUGAGGCUGCCGGAGACAAUCGACGACGUUGAAAAGCCAAGAGGAAAUGAGGUCUCCUCUCACUUCGUGGAGUCUCCAGCUGUUUUCCUGGAGUCAAAGAGCACAACUGACAUUUAGCUGUGAAGAUACAAUCAAAACAAGGACUUUGUUUUAUGUUCAUCCACAUAACACAGAGCUAUGCACUCACUGCCUUUACAACUGUAAACAGCGGAGAUGAGUCCACUGUUAUCACGUAUAGAACAUUUUGUCAUCUCUGCUGUUUGUGGGGAAAUGAAGGUCAACAUCUUGAAGUGUUAAGAUGCUUUGUAAACAUCAAGAUGCAUUCAGAUAUUGAAGAUAAUGUAUUUAUAAGCUACUGUAGAGGAAAUGUUUUAGUUUAGAUAUUUUUCGCUCACUAUUUUCUUUGUUUCCUGUCUUCUUCUAGCCCCCCUGAGAUCCUAAGAAACUCUCAUUAUAUAAUAUCAUUACAUUAUUAAACUUUUAUCUAUUUAGAAGUUUAUCACAAGUUGCUGCAAAUAUUGGUUUGCCAAUGGGGAUUUUUGUAAUAUUGCAGAAAAACAAGUUCUGUGGAAACACAAGUUUAGUUGUUCGUCUAUAAACAGAGUACACCGCGGUCGCAUGAGCACCAGCAUACACAACAAGGCUGUGAAGGCCGACUAGUCAGCGUGAUGUCAUUUUAUAGUCUAAUUUAGCCAUUUGUUAGUGCUUGUUGUAUUUUUUAAGACACAUGAAAGCUUCAAAAUUCACGAGAGGGGUAUUUACUGACAUAUAUGUUGCAGAUCAAAACACCAAAAUCUCUUUAGCUUGUGUUCACCACAGACCUUAUUUCAGGCAUCUAACUAAAAACCCAUUGAAAAGCCCAUUGACUUUUGAGACCAGGGAACCGGAACCGCAAAAAUGUUAACUCAUUUCCAGAUUUUGGGACUCCAGCCAGCGGCCAGUGGGACAAACCCUAAUGUUCAUAUUCUGUGAGCCGCAUACCCCCGAAGUAAACCAGAAAGCUAGAAAACGUUUUUUGGUGUAUGCACAAAGCGAGCAACUCUCAUUCGACUGAACAGACUCCAUCUUGGGGACAGUAUCAAGUUGUUAUUAUACAUCAAUGGCUCAUACCAAUGUUGUUUGCGGCCAACCAACCGUUUCCUUAUGUGCUAAGCUUUUGUUAAAUUUAACGAUUUAACAUUCAUGUAUGUGUUGAUCAAGAGCAGAGCCUUCCCUGUUCUGGUUGUAAAUGGUCAGUUCCUGGAUGUAAAAGGCUUCACGGCACUUAGACCCAAGCUAAGUGAGAGGUUAGCCUGGGGCUAAAACACUUUCACAUUGGCAGAUCCAAAGUGGGCUAAGCCCAGCUUUAGCCUGGGGCUUGCUGGCACUGCUCUGGAGGAUUAGCUUUGAGUUUGCUGGGUUAUCCAGUGAAAUUCAACUACAGACGGUUCUAAAAGCUAAUCUGACUAGCCAGAUGGUUUGUUACACAGAA